AUGAAGCAUGAAUCAGCAGAACCAGGCCCUGAGUAUGCAGAUGUUGUGUUUCUGGUGGACAGCUCUGAUAAUCUAGACACCAAGUCCUUACCGUUUGUGAAAACUUUUCUCACCAAGAUGAUCAACAGUCUCCCUAUAGAGGUCAACAAGUACCGUGUGGCCUUGGCCCAGUACAGUGACACAUUGCACAAUGAAUUUCAACUGAGCACCUUCAAGAACAAGAGCCCCAUGCUGAACCACAUCAAGAGGAACUUCAGGUUUCUUGGGGGCUUCCUAAAGAUAGGAAACGCUCUCCAUGAAGCCCACAGAACCUAUUUCUCUGGACACACAAAUGGCAGAGAUAAGAAACAGUUUCCUCCCAUUUUGGUAGUCCUGGCCUCUGGCGAGUCUGAGGAUGAUGUGGAAGUGGCUGCCCAGGCUCUGAAGAAAGAUGGGGUGAGGAUUAUCGCUGUGGGGAUACAGGAAGCCUCUGAGGAGAACCUGAGGGCCGUGGCCACAGGUCCGUUUCACUUCAAACUCCGGACGGUCAGAGACCUCAGCCCAUUUUCCAAGAACAUGACAGAGAUCAUCAGGGAAGCAACUAAGUAUAAGGAAGCUGUAGCUGAGAUUGACGUGCCCUUGCCCUUGCCCAAAGCUUGUCAGAAAGAUUCACUUGCUGACAUUGUGUUUCUGGUGGAUUCAUCAGUUGGGUCUCUACGAAAUUUAAAGCACCUGCAGAACUUUCUGAAAACUAUUGCCACCUCCAUGGAUGUGAGAAACAACUGUGUCCAGUUGGGACUGAUGAGUUACACUAACAGAGCUGAGAUUCUCUCUGUCCUGAAGUCAAGCACAUCCCGAUCUGAAUUUCUGCAGCAAACCCAGAAGCUUUCUGUUCAAAGUGGAAGAUCCAACGCUAGGAUUGCCAUCGAGAAGUUGGAGAAAGAUGCCUUCUCAGUGUCCAGUGGCAGCAGAAUUGCCCAGGGUGUGCCUCAGAUGGCAGUCCUGAUUACUCAGAGACCAUCAGAUGAGAAUGUGAGGGAGGUUGCAAUGGAUCUUCGACUUAUGGGUGUCUCUGUGUUUGCCCUGAGCAUCGAAGGAGCUAACAACACACAAUUAGAAGAUAUAGUAUCAUACCCUCCAGAAGAGACAGUCACCAAGCUGAAUUCCUAUGCAGCACUUGAAAGUUACAGUGAGACAUUCCUAAAAAAGAUCCAGAAUAAAAUAUGGUCCCAAAUGUUUGUUCGUGCUGAACAAAAGGAUCUUGAGAAAAUCGGUUGUAUGGACACACAGGAGGCUGAUAUCUAUUUCCUCAUUGAUGGCUCAUCUAGCAUCCAGCGUAAACAGUUUGAGCAAAUCAAAAAAUUUAUGUUGGAUAUCAUAAAAAUGUUCACCAUCGUCCCAGAUAAAGUUCGAUUUGGUGUAGUGCAAUAUUCACACAAGAUAGAAGAAGAAUUUGAUGUCGGCGACUAUUCUAAUGAAGUGGAUUUGCAAAAGGCUGUUUCUAACAUCAAACAGCUCCAAGGCAACACCACUACUGGGAAAGCCCUGGAUUUCAUCCUGCUAAAAAUAAAGAAUGGAAGGACAAGGAGAUCAAUCCAGGCUCCCCACUAUCUCAUUGUAUUGACUGAUGGGAAGUCCAUGGACAGUGUCUUGGAGCCUGCUGAGAAACUAAGGGCUGAGAAAGUCACCAUUUAUGCCAUUGGCAUUGGGAGUGCCAAUAAGACACAACUGCGGCAAAUUGCUGGGACAGAAGGAAGGGUUAUCUUUGGACAGAGUUUUGAUUCUUUACAACACAUAAAAGAUAAAAUUGUGCAUGGAAUUUGUUCUCAUAAAGCAUGUGAAAACAUGAAGAUUGACAUCAUGUUCCUGAUGGACAGUUCUGGCAGUAUAGGUGAUGAAAAUUUCAAGAAAAUGAAGAUCUUCAUGAAAAACCUGAUAAAUAAGAUUGAAAUUGGACCUGACAAAACUCAGAUUGGCGUGGUUCAGUUCAGUGAUGACAGUAAAGAGGAAUUCCAGCUGGGCACAUACUUGACACACCAAAAAAUUUAUGAUGCCAUUGACAGAAUUGUUGCCAUUGGCAGCACCACUAAUACAGGGCAUGCUCUAACUUCUCUGCUUCCUUACUUCACCCCUGCCAGAGGGGCCCGUGUUGGGGUCAGACAGUUUCUUAUUGUCAUUACGGAUGGAGAAGCUCAGGACAGUGUGGUCGAACCUGCCCAAGUGCUCCGGGACUCAGGUGUGAUCAUUUUCUCUGUGGGUGUGUAUGGUGCCAAUCGGACGCAGCUGGAGGAGAUCAGCGGAAACAGCAGUCAAGUGUUUCAUGUGGAGAACUUUGAUCUUCUAAAGAACAUAGAAGAACAGCUCAUCUUCCAGGUGUGCGCACUGCAUGAUUGUAAAGGAAUUGAAAAGCUAGAUGUUGUAUUUGUUCUGGACCAGUCAAGCAGCAUCAAGCCACAAGAUCAAGAAAGCAUGAUUAACCUCGCCAUCCACUUGGUGAAGGAAGCUAAUGUUGGCAGGGACCGCGUGCAGUUUGGAGCUCUCAAAUACUCAACUUAUCCUGAGGUUCUCUUUCACCUUAAUACAUAUUCUCACAAAUCAGCCAUCAUUGAGCACCUGAAGCAGUACAAAAGCAGUGGAGGAGAUACCUACACUGCUAGGGCUCUCAAUUACACAAACAAAAUGUUCACUGAGGAACAUGGAAGCCGCCUCAAGCAAAAUGUAGGGCAGAUACUAAUCAUCAUUACCGAUGGAGAAUCCCAUGACAAAAUGGAGCUUAACAAUACAGCCCUGACAUUAAGGAACAAAGGAAUCAACAUCUAUGCAGUGGGUGUAGGAGAGGCCAAGCCAGAUGAACUCGAGGGUAUGGCAGGAGAUAAAGCAAAAGCUAUUCAUGUAAGUGACUUUAAGGAACUGGAAAAAAUGUACCAGUUUUUCCAAGAAGAGAUGUGCCAAAGUUCAUCAGAAGAUUGCAGAAGCACCGAUGUGAUUUUCCUUUGUGACAGUUCAAAAGAAGUAUCUACUAAAGAUUUUUCUACAAUGAAAGUUUUAUUGUCAGAUCUAUAUGAUAUGAUUGGUAUUCAGCCUCAAAAAGCAAGAGUUGGGGUGGCCCUUUUCGGAAAAUUGUACCAGGAAAAGAUUAAUUUGGAUGCCUCUCUGACAAAAAACGAAUGGAAAGCGGAAAUCCAAGCUCUGCCACACCUUGGUACCAACUUCGCCAUCUUGACACCUCUUCUCAAAGUGAUAUUUAUGUUCAGCAAAGAGAAUGGUGGUAGAAGAGAGGCAGGCAUCCCUCAGAACUUAGUGGUGAUCACAAGCCAGCCUCCGGAUCGCGAUGUGUCAAAGGCAGUAGAAAAACUGAGAGAGCAGAACAUCCGCAUCUUGGUUAUAAGCAUAGGAAUACAUUCCAAGGACCAGUUUCUACCAUUAACAGGCAAUCCCGAUUACAUAAUCUCCUUGAAAAACUUCCAACAAUUAAAUUCUGCCCUGAAUAAGAAAAGAAUUGUCCGGGAAAUCUGCCAGCAGGACCAGCCAAGCAAUUGUACUGUGAAUGUAGUGGUCGGGUUUGACAUUUCCACUCACGUGAUGGGGCAGCGACUGUUCGAUGGCCAUUCCCAGCUGGAAUCAGUUCUCCCAGGCAUCUUGGAGGAAAUCUCCUCCAUCAGUGGAGUGAGCUGUGGGGGAGGGUCCUGGACACAGGUGUCCCUGGCCUUUAAGGUAAACAGUGACCAACAGUCUCCUACCAAGUUCUUUAUCUACAAGAAAGAUCUAUUCAAAAAACACCUGCUGACAGCUACCGUGAAUGGGCCAAGCCAUCUGAACGGACAGUUUCUACAGACACUGUGGGACACAUUCGAAGAUCCAUCCCCAUCCCAAGGACAGGUGCUGCUCAUCUUUUCAGAUGGUCUGGGUGAUGAAAGUGCCAUCAUGCUUGAAGAGCAGUCUGAUAGACUCAGAGCAGCAGGACUCGAUGCUUUGCUCGUGGUGUCCCUGAACACAGCUUCUCAUGAGGAUUUUUCCUACUUUGAGUUUGGAAAAGGAUUUGAUUACAGGACUCACCUGACCAUUGGGAUGAAAGAUGUGGGCACAAUGCUAGCACGAUAUCUGGGAAACAUUGCCGAGAGGACUUGCUGCUGUCAAUUUUGCAAGUGUGUAGGGCCUCGAGGAGAGCGUGGAAUCCCAGGAAAACAAUUGGAGCAGGGACAGCCAGGUGUCAAAGGUAGCAGAGGACACUGGGGAGAGGAUGGUGAACCUGGGAAAAGGGGAGACAUGGGACCCAUAGGAGAAAAGGGGAUUGCAGGAUGUUCAGGAGAAAGAGGCCAGAAGGGUGUCAGAGGAGUUUCCGGAUACAAGGGAGAUGUAGGGGAGCAUGGGAUUGAUGGGAUCGAUGGAGAAGAGGGAUUUCACGGAUUCCCUGGAGUAAAAGGAGAAAAGGGUGAACCGGGAUCUCAGGGCAGCCCUGGUUAUAGAGGUUCCCCUGGGGAAUAUGGAGAGAAAGGCUUCCCUGGAGACCCGGGUCAAUCAGGAAGAAAUAGUCGUAUCAAAGGACAGAAGGGCUCCAAAGGGGAGGAAGGCGGCCAGGGUAGAACUGGCCAGAAAGGGGCAAAAGGCAGUCCUAGUUCCAGAGGAAUCAGGGGAAGAGAAGGCCGAAGAGGGAACCCAGGUACCCCGGGGAUUUCAGGAAAUCCUGGACUGAAAGGUGAACUUGGACCUGAAGGGCUGCAAGGCCUACAGGGGUCACGUGGACCUCCUGGGCGAAAAGGAGAGAAGGGAAAUUAUGGACAUAAAGGACCUCAGGGUGCUGCUGGGCCUGGAGGACCUAAAGGAAACACUGGAAGUCCUGGACUUCCGGGCAAAAAAGGAGAAGUUGGUGUUUUUGGAGGUCCAGGACCAUUUGGACAAAUGGGACAGCGAGGAAAACAGGGAGAUGAUGGCAUCCCCGGUUAUGGUCAGAAAGGACGGAAAGGAAUAAAGGGCCCACGAGGAUUCACUGGAGAAAUGGGGCAGAAGGGUGAUGUUGGUGAUCCUGGAACUCCUGGGGUACCCGGGCCCAAGGGAUUUAAGGGACUAGCAUACAUGACAGGCUCCAAAGGAGAAGGGGGACUUCGGGGAAACCCUGGCCCUCCAGGUCGGAGAGGUCCUAAAGGCAUGCCAGGAUUGCCUACCUAUCCUUUAUGUGACUUGAUCCACUUCCUGCGGAACAAAAGUUCUUGUUGGAAAGACAGGUGUCCAGUGUACCCAACAGAGGUGGUAUUUGCCCUGGACCAGUCCUUUGACAUUGGAGAAUCAAGAUUUAAUGAAAUGCGUGAUCACAUCAUUUCCAUUGUGGAGGGCCUUCACACCAGGACAAAUAAUUGCCCUGUAGGAGCAAGAGUGGUAGUGGUUUCCUAUGAUUUCACUAUCAAUUAUCUUAUCCGUCAGUUUGACUACCACAGCAAGAAGCAGCUCAUCCAACUUCUGUCCCAGAUUAAUUAUCAACCCCCAACAGGAGUCCAAGAUAUUGGUAGUGCAAUGAGGUUUGUGGCCCGGAAUGUGUUCAAGCAUACCUCUGCUGGGACCAAUGUGAGGAGGGUGGCUGUGUUUUUCAGCAACGCACAAACUAUCAACAUGGCAUCUGUCAUCACAGCCACCAUGGAGUUUAGUGGCUUGGACAUCAGUCUAGCAGUCAUGGCUGCUAAUGAAAGGAUCUUCCUUGAUGCUUUUGAGUUUGACAACACCGGGAUGUUUCAGGCAAUCCCUAGUCCUCCAGGAGUAGAAUACAUACCGGACAGUCUUUGGCGCUGUACACUUUGCUAUGAUAAGUGUUUUCCGAAUAAUUGUGCCAGAGAGAUUUUUUUACCUGAAGAUUCAUUUAUUGAUGUAGCCUUCCUCAUAGACAAUUCUAGGAGUAUUACCAGUGAUGAAUUUAAGGCUUUGAAAACCUUAUUGAGAUCAAUGCUUGGCAACUUUAAAAUUUCUUCAAACCCUUUAGCCGCACAUUUAGUAGGUGAUAGGAUUGCCUUGUUGAGCUAUUCUCCUCUGGAUAGUUCCAGGAAAGUGAUAAAUAUAGAGUUUGACUUUACAACUUUUAAUAAUCAAGACCAAAUGGAGAACUACAUCCAGACUAGCUUCCAUCAGCUAAAUGGAGAAGAAAACAUUGGCUAUGCCCUACGGUGGAUCAUAGAGAAUCUCUUUCCAAGAACACCAAACUUAAGACAACAUAGGGUCAUCAUUGUGGUGUCAGCUGAAGAAAAUAAAGAGAGAAAAGACUUCCUAAAGAGGAUGGCCCUGAAGGCUAAGUGUCAGGGUUAUGUCAUAUUUGUGAUUUCCCUGGGCUCUACACAUGGAGAUUACAUGGAGGAGUUAGCCAGCUACCCACUUGAUCAUCACCUGAUACAGCUUGGGAAAAUUCAUAAACCAGAUCUGGAUUAUAUUGUGAGAUUUCUAAAGCCAUUCGUGUACUCAGUCAGACGAAAAUUCAAUCAGUACCCACCUGAAAUGCUCGAGGAUGACUGCAGACGCUAUUCAGAUAGAGGAGAUUACUCUGACCUAUUUACUCCUGAGCCGCCUGAGAUUUCUUCAGGAGAGAGCAGCUUCCUUGUCCAGGAACUGAGUGCUGAAAGAGAAAUGUCUUUUGUGUUAGAAGAAAAUGGAAGCAACCAUUUAGUUUACAUUCCCAACCAUGUGAUAAUGCCACAGGAAAUGCUGAUUAAGUAUGAAAAAGAUGAGAAGUCUGAAGAAAUGGCAAGUCUCCAUUCUGGACUACUUGAAAAUCAGGGCAGAGAAGAACCAAGACUUACAUAUGAACCUAGAGAUGCCUCUUCUCAAGACUACUACAUGGAUGUGGCUUUCCUUCUAGAUACUUCCUACAGAGUAGGAAAUGAUGACUUUAAAGAUGUGAAAACUUUCAUAAUCUCAGUACUUGCUUACUUUCACAUUGCCCCAAAUCCAUUGCUCUCCAAUGUAGGAGACAGAGUGGCAGUCCUGAGUUAUUCUCCUCCAGGUUAUUUGCCCAACACUGAAGAAUGCCCUGUCUACCUGGAAUUUGAUUUGCUUACUUAUAACAGUAAACCCCAAAUGGAAAAUCAUCUCCAAAAUUCUCUUCAAAAGCUCAACGGAGAUGUUUUCCUUGGUCAUGCUUUGCAGUGGACUAUCGACAAUGUUUUUAUUGGUACUCCCAAUUUGAGGAAAAACAAAGUCAUUUUUGUUAUUUCUGCUGGUGAAACGAACCCUUUGGACAAAGAAGUCUUAAAAAAUGUAUCUCUGAGAGCCAAGUGCCAGGGCUAUUCCAUAUUUGUGUUUUCCUUUGGUCCUGUGCACAAUUACAACGAAUUAGAAGAAUUAGCCAGCCACCCACUAGAGCAUCACUUGGUCCAGCUUGGCCGAGCCCACAAGCCUGAUUGGAACUACAUCAUCAAGUUUCUCAAGCCAUUUGUCCAUUUAAUCAGAGAUGCCAUCAAUAAAUACCCCCCAGCACAUCUGAUACCCAAGUGUGUUAACAUCACUUCUCCCACUCCGGAGAGUAUUGGAACAGAAAACAAUGUAUUCUUUAUUCCUGGGGUGUUCGAAAUACAGACAGAAAGCAGUGAGGUGUAUGAUGAAUUUGGCUCCCAGGAGCAUUCAUUUAAAUUAAGGAAUGAUGAUAGCAAUGGUCCCGAGUCCUCUACUGAUUUGAUCCAGAAGUUAUACCAGCUCUUUACAACUGGGGAACUGGAAAUGAAACCCAAGAAGGCACAAUCUGAAGAAAUUGCAGCUCCAGCAAAUGAGAAACAGAGAGAUGAACAAGAUGAUGAGGAGACAUUAUGAUCAAAGCAGA